AUGGUUAAACUAUUCGCCUUAAGUGUUUUCUAUAAAGGUAGCCCCGAAGCGAGAUUGCUCAAGUCCACAUAUGAUUUGCAAUCAUUUUCAUUUUUCCAAAGGACAGCGGUACAGGAGUUUAUGACUUUUGCCUCAAAAACCCUGGUCGAACGCACACAACAGGCUAUGCGCCAAUCGGUCAAACAAGAUGUUUACAUGUGUCAUGUCUAUGUGAGAACAGAUAAUCUGGCUGGUGUUCUAAUUGCCGAUCACGAAUAUCCCCAAAGAGUGGCACACACAUUAAUUACCAAAAUCUUAGACGAAUUUGCUGCCAAAAUAUCCACAGAUCAAUGGCAAACCGGUACCGAGAGUAGUAUAGAUUUCAGUAUACUACCAUCAUAUCUGGCAAAAUAUCAAGAUCCCAAAGAAGCUGAUGCCUUAACGAAAAUGCAAAAUGAUUUGGAUGAGACGAAAAUCAUUUUGAAAAAUACCAUUGAAGCUGUACUGGAGCGAGGUGAAAAACUUGAUGAUAUGGUAGCAAAAUCGGAGAAUUUAUCAAUGCAAAGUAAAGCAUUCUAUAAGACGGCGAAAAAGACAAAUUCAUGUUGUAAUUUCGGUUAAGAU